CUCAUUCCACCCCGUUUGUCCACACCAGUCUCUCUGUAUCCCACCUGUACUUGCCCUCUUUUGGGAUAUCACCGACUGGCUCACUCUACUUGUGUUUUAUUUGUUCAUCAUCAUCGCGCUCUUGCCGUGAUUGUACUUGCUUCCUGCGUCUGUCAGAAUAUAAUGGCUGUAUCAGUCCUGGGUAAGCGCCAACGGGGUGGUAUCGAGACAGAAGCCCCUCAAUUGCUGCUUCGCAGUGGAAGCAAGCGUCGAGCACAACCGCCUCGCAUUCGUGACGAACCCGAGUCUACUGUACUACAAACUCGCCAGCUUCGCUCGAGGACAAUCGACAACAGUAUCACCAUUCAGCAAGAGAACCAAAGUCCAAAGAAACAAGCACCUUCCAAGGACGAUACAACAGAGCGCAGUUUAAGAAACAGCAAAGUUGUUUCCCUGGUCAAGCGCAAUGCCACCUCUGAAUCUUUCAACGACGAAAAUUCGACACCAGUCGAGUUCAAGACUCCAUCGAAGUCGAGAUAUCGGGAUGCACUAGAAUCCCCACCCAUCACUCCGAAGCACCGUGUUCAGGUUGGCUCAAAGUCGUUAACUCCGCGUACUCCCCGACAUGCAACAAUCUCAACGACUGCAACAACUGCACAAACAAUCUAUACACAAGCAAGGCAGCUGUUCGCACGUGGCGCAUCGUCUACACGGAUAGUUGGAAGAGAAGCUGAACGGCAAAAGCUACGCAGUUUUAUACAAGACGGCCUGGAAGGUCGUACAGGUGGCUGCUUGUAUGUCAGUGGUCCUCCUGGUACUGGAAAGAGUGCUUUGAUUCAGGAGGUUUGCAAUGAAAUGGACCUUUCAUCAUUCAAGGUCGCGCAUAUCAACUGUGCAAGUAUGCGAGCGGCCCGCGAUGUCUAUAGCAAGCUUAUCGAGGAUCUUUGCGAGGAUUAUGAGGUCUUCAAGAAGAGUGAAGCAGACCGGCUACGCUCGAUGUUUCUACCAAACAGCAAACAGGAUGACCUAUAUUUGGUUACUCUGGAUGAGAUCGACCAUCUUCUUACCGCAGAUGCCUGCAUUCUCCAGUCUUUAUUCGCGUGGUCCUUACAGAGCGAGUCAAAGCUGAUGCUUAUCGGAAUUGCCAAUGCACUUGAUUUGACUGAUCGGUCGUUGCCGCAGCUGAAGGCUAAGAAUUUGAAGCCACGCCUGCUUCCAUUUCUACCUUAUAAUGCUGCCCAGAUCGCCAGCGUUAUCACUGGCCGACUUCGUUCUCUGCUGCCAGAAGGCCACAAUGCGGAUGCAAACUUUAUUCCUUUUGCGCAGCCUGCUGCAAUCCAGCUGUGCUCUAAAAAAGUAGCAUCGCAGACUGGCGACCUACGCAAGGCGUUCGAAUUGAUCAAGCGCGCUAUCGACCUUGUGGAACAAGAAACCCUUCAAAAGCUCGAAAAACAAGAAGCCGAUGCUGAACCCCGAAGUAAAACGAUCCUGACUGAGAAUAAUAAUCUGUCUUCGAUCAGCACAAUCUCACCCUCCCAAAGGUCUAUGAAGGCAUAUACGCCUCUCACCGCACCACGAGCAAGCAUCGCGCAUGUUGCGCGUAUCACUUCCUCUGCUUUCGGCCAGGGCACUGUCCAGAGACUACAGGGUAUCAACCUCCAGCAGAAAGCCGCGAUCUGUGUAUUGAUUGCACUAGAUCGACGACGUCGAGAGACGGAAAUCCCAGGGACUCCGUCUAAGAACAGAACUUUGGCACCCACGGUUAAGCAAGUCUAUGACGCGUAUUGCGCCCUGUGUCGUAAAGACAAUCUUCUACACCCUCUGACAUCUACGGAGUUUAAAGAUGUACUCAGUAAUCUGGAAACCAUGGGUCUUGUGGGUGAAUAUCAAGGCCGCGGUCGGGGUGGCACAGUCGCAGGCGGAACGGACAUUCGACGCUCUCCCUCGAAGCUCGGUGCUGGUCCUAUGACGCCUAGCCGAGCUCUAGACGAGCAAUGCCUUGUGUGUUUCGUUUCUCAGAAGGAGAUCGAGAGCCAGAUCGCUGGACCGGGAGAAGGCAUCCUCCGUAGGCUGCUCUUGGGCCAAGUCUAAAAUUCCAUACAUCUCACAAUACUCGCAUUCUUGGCGUUUGGCUAUUUAGCCUGCACUGCAUUAUGGCAUUCCACUGUCUCUUCAUGGUUCAGUUAUUGGUGCAUUCGAGCUGUCCAGCGAUUCAUCACUUCUACUCAGCGUUAG